AUGUCUGUCUCAUCCUCAUCACGGCGGUACUCGAUCGUCGAGCCGCAUCCAUCCGUGCCUCCCACCCACUACUUCUCUACUGGUCGAGGCGGCGCCGGAAACGUGACCAAGGCACCCUCGUCGGUCACGCAGGGCAACAACGCGAGCGGCCCGGCGUCACGCAUCUGGACGGAGGCGCCGCAGACGCAGCGCAAGACGUUCAUCGCGGGCCGCGGCGGCGCCGGCAACGUCUACCCGGCCAGUGAGCGCGCCAUCUUCAGCUUCGACGAGGAGCUCGAGCGCCAGCUGAGCCAGGAGCGUCACGCCGCCCCCGUCUACCACGUCGGCCGCGGCGGCGCCGGCAACAUCAAGGCCAGCGGCACCUCGGCUUCGGCCCACAAUGUCCUCCUGAACGGCACGGCCAGCGCCCGGCGCCAGAGUGAGGACAGUUUCGCCUCCUUCUCCUCCCAGUCCAGCGAGAGCGGCGCCGACCAGUUCAACCGGUCCGUCAAGAAGGGCAUCAAGAAGAUGUUGGGCGUCGGCAACCACAUGACCGCCUGA